AUGAGCUUAUUACUUCUUUCACCUGUCAGUACUAUCUACAGUUCUGGCUCCGAGCCUUUCCAAUUCGUCGGUGAUCUCACCUCUUCGUUGCUACCAGUGGUAUACCUCUUCACGGUCGGCUCUCUCUUCUUCGACGUCGUCCAUUACCAACUUCACCAAUGUACUCGAUCCUCCCAUCCCCUCUUGCGGCGCCUCGCACGUAUCCACAACUUCCACCAUCUCUACUACAAUCGAAAAAUGAAAUUCGAUCAUAAAUAUUUGCGGCAGAAUCAAUUCCAGGCUUUACCUCUGGAAUUGGGCUUCCAGGUCAUCGGCAGCUGCCUCGGAUACAUCGCGGUCUUAGCGCUCAGCGCCGAGCGAUGGGUUACUGGAACUCAUCUGUGGACUUUGAUAGGGAUUCAAAUUCUCAGAACGGUGUUUGUCAUCGCCACUGAAGGUCGCGAUUCCAAUCAUCUCACAUACCAAACCGCACCGAAGGACCCGAGCUGGAUGUUCGUGGGUCCUGAGUUCCACUGCCUCCAUCACGUCUACCCCAAGCGAUACAUUGGCUCUUUCGUCAAGUGCUUUGACUGGGUGUGGGGCACUGCGUGCUCAUUCCGCAGCAAACGAUUUGUCGUCACAGGCGCGAGCGGCGCUUUCGGUCAAGCUAUGGUAGCCGAGCUGGAACGGGAAGGCGUGCAGUGCAUCCGGACUCUCAAGUUCGGAUCUGAUUGGAACAACGAUGAUUUCGAGGGUGUGAUCUCGACCUUUUCAGAGAGUGAUGUUCUCAUCCUGGCGCAUGGUUCGAAGGGAGAGAACGCGACAGCGUCGAAUUGCGACUCAUCUGUUCGGCUUGUGCAAUUAUUCAAGCAACACAGCCGGAGUAGAGAGACUCACUCGACGUUACCGGAGGUGUGGUAUGUUGGCAGUGAAAUCGAAUUCCAUCCAGCCUGGGGAAUUGCCGAAUUGCAACGGUACUCCAUUUCGAAACGAAAAUUCUUACCAUAUGCUCGUUCUUUCUUCGAUGACCCUGACAUUUUGUAUCGGCAUAUUGUGCCCUCGUCUUUUCAGUCGUCUAUGGGAUAUGCAAUUGUUUCAGGGACGUGGGCGGCGAAGGUGACGAUGUGGUGGAUUCAUCGUGGUGCCCGAUAUAUUCCUACAACAUACACUGGCAUUGCAUUCCUCAACUAUGUCAAGUUCAUGUGGUGGGUGCCCCAUGCAGAUAAGAGUCAUACAGGAUAUAAAUAG